ACUCGUCGCGACUUUGGUACAGCGGUAGUACAGUACAAAAAUUGUAAAAUGAGGACAGGAGGUCUUUUUCUACUUCGACAAUUUUUCUUUCCGCGUUCUACUUCUUGAAGUAUAGGCUGAUUUCUCACGAUAUCUGAUUGCACUAUUCGACAUGUCUGAAGCCACAGCAACCCGCAAGCCGGAGUUGCUAUAUUCAGUUGACGACGCCUCGUUACUCACCAUGCAGUCUAGAUUCGACAUGUCGAAAGAACGUUUACUCGGCGACGACAAUGACUACUUGCCACCGAAGUCUUUCGCUGCCGCAAAGCGCAAGAAAUGUCAUAGAGCUUUCAACCAGAUCGCUAUGGUCGUCCUUGGAAUUACCAUAUGUUGCGCAGUAUACUUUGGGUUCAACGAGGCCUUUAAUUUCGGUCAUGUCGUAGACUGUACAGAGGAACCUUCAAAUGUGUUCCAAUUCAGCGUCGUGCUUGGUAACUAUACCAUGACUCAAGCGAAAUUCCUCGACGUAGGGUUCAAUGUUGGUGGACGAGUCGUCCAGACGAUCAUGGCAUACGUUUCAUACUUGAGCAUCACUGCUAUGUUGAUGCGAACCAUGGAAAGGACGCCAGUCAGCUUUGCGCUCUACUCCACAUUAACGAUCCAACCGUGCGACGUCCAGACUCUCUGGAUCACCAUGCAGGCAUUCUUCUACUUGCCAGGCCUCCGCCCGCGACUCAUCAUGCUAUGGGCUUUCCUCUCAGCUGCAUUCGUGAUCGCGAUCCCAACCCUAGUGGAUCUGAUGAGCGGAUACGUGCCCAAACAAGAACCGUACAUCGCUUUCCCGGACGAUACGUUGAUCAAAUAUACCCUCAAUAUUGAUACAUUGCAGGCGUUGGAACUCUUGCACGGAAACCUGUCAGAUGUCUAUGCGCCGCCGACAUUCUGCGUGCAUACGCAGGAUCACAGCUAUCAAUGGGGCGUGUCUGCGCUGUAGACAUUCGUUACGUGGUGU